AUGAAGUUCAAUUACAAUAAUAUAUUAUUAUUUUCCCUUUCAUUAAAUAUAUUUUUAUUAUCAUCACAAGUAUAUAAUCAAAGGAACCAUUACAUCACACGUACACCGAAAACAAACACUAGGACAUUAUGCGAAUGUGAAUUAUAUGCACCAUCCAACUAUGAUAAUGACCCUGAAAUGAAAGCAGUAAUGCAAGAUUUUGAUCGUCAAACGUCGCAACGUUUUGAAGAAUACAAUGAACGUAUGAUGAAAAACAGACAAAAAUGUAAAGAACAAUGCGAUAAAGAAAUACAAAAAAUUAUUUUAAAAGACAAAUUAGAAAAAGAAUUAAUGGACAAAUUUGCCACACUACACACAGAUAUACAAAGUGAUGCUAUUCCAACAUGUGUGUGCGAAAAAUCAUUAGCAGAUAAAGUUGAAAAAACAUGUUUAAAAUGUGGAGGUGUGUUGGGAGGUGGUGUGACACCUGCUUGGGGUUUGAUCAGCGGUAUUGUUUAUACUGGAUGGAAAGCAGCCGCGUUAGCAGCUGCUAAGAAACUUGCCGCAGAAGCUGGUGCUGCUAAGGGUUUGGCUGCAGGUGCUGAGGUAGGUAAGGACGCAGUUAUAUUAGGAUUAAAUUCAGAGUUUGGUUUAUCAACACAAGCUGUUCAGAAAAUAGGGUUAGUUAUUAAUGGAACAAAUUAUACUAAUGUCUCAAUGAUUACUGAAGCUAUUUUUACAAAAUAUAAAGGGUCCUGUAUGCUUUCUGUCCCUGGCGCUUCCCCUGGUUCUUUCCGUAUUCUUGUCACUGAUCCGAAAUUUUGCAAUUUGUUUUUGAAGAAAUUUGUACCAAUAGGUUCUGGUUUAGAUAGGAAUGCAAUAACAAAUGCUAUAGAAAAAAAAGUAGAAACUAUGGUCUUACAAGCCGAAGGAGUUGCUGAAGCUACGAAGACUCAGGUGACUUCUGAAACUACAGCUGAACUCACAGCUAAACAGACUACUGCGAUAAAUACUAUAUACAUGGGUAAGCAGACUGCUAUUAUUGCUUCCAUCGUUGCAAUAGUGGUGAUAGUUUUGGUUAUGGUGAUAAUAUAUUUGAUUUUACGUUAUCGACGAAAAAAGAAAAUGAAAAAAAAACUCCAAUACAUAAAAUUAUUAGACGAAUAG